UUUUUUUACAUAUAUUUGAAUCUUCUAUACAAGCAAUACAGAUACUAUAAAGAGAUUCUUUCCCUUUCAUGGAUCAAUGAACAUCAUAAAUCUCGUAAAGUUCAAGGUUACUACAUUUCUCGAUUUUUUAUUAUAUCACUUCUUUUUUCACUCUUCAUUCAAAAUUAAUCGAAUCACUCUUUUAAUCUCCGAUGUCGUAACGUAAUUUAAAAAAAAAGUGUGUAUUGAGAAAAAAAAAAUUCAUUUAGUAUUGAAUUAUACACCGGAUUCUCGGUAUAAGAAAAAAGAAGAAUGUGACCAAACCGGUCGAUUAUAUCAUUUUCAAUUCUAUUUUUUUACGACAAUUGUAAAGCGCAAACAUGUAUGCAACGCACGACCAUAGUUCGAUUCCCCCAUUAAAAAAGGCGGCAAGGAUUUUGACGUCAACGCGCAGCAAGGUUUCGCCUCCCACUAGGAGGAACACUAGGCUUCGUGGUUGGAAAUCCUCGGCGCAGAUGCGACUUCGGAAAGGGACGUUCCGACGCCUUCAACGCUCACCACGACAUCGAAACCGGGGAACGCGGUUGAUCAGCAGUUUCUGAGAUGUCGACACGAACGCAUACUUCUUGCCGUUAAUUCUGCUCCGUCUACGUGUGCUCCUCGCGUGUGCGCGUGUAAGUAGAUAAGCAUGUGCGGAUUCAUGUGUCGCGUAUAGUCAGUCACAGGACGUCGCGCAUCCUCGAUAUUUCAACCUGACGGACACCCACCAGGUAGCUGCAAUCAUCGAUUAUCGCAACCAGUUACCAGUCGACAACAGUUUUAUCUUUGCCGCGCGAAACGAAUAACGAUAAUCCAGCGCGAUGGAAAGGGAUGCGUGCCGUUUGAGGGUAGAAGUUCGCUAUUUUGAAAGAUAGACGGCGACGUCGACGAAUUUUUGAGCUUGUUUUUUCGAAGGAACGCUCGUCAAAGGAAAACGUGCUUUGCCUCGUAAUUGGACGGAGCGGGAAAGUAUCGAAAGUAGCUUUCGCUACGGAAGAUUUAAACGCUUUCGUAAACGGUAUCGUUCUCCCCCAGAAACUCAACGUUGAAAAAGUUACGCCACGGUGUUGCCGUUUGCCAAAUCGCGUCGCCGCUUGUUCUUGCUCAGUUGUCAUCUUUCGACUUGUCGCUUAUAGCGAUCAGCAACAUUGCAACACGUUUCAUCGAUGCCUAUUUUUGAUGUGCAGUUUAUUUUACGAACGAUCCCGAUGUAUCGUUUUCAGAAAUAACUUUUGUUCGUCUCUCUGAGUGCAAAUUUUUCCACAGACUGAUCGUUGCCUGGGAAAGAGUUAGCAGUCCAGCGUUGCCUCGCUAUCGAGCGUUUGUUCUACAACGUGGUGUUGCAAAAACGUCUCGCUCUCGAGUAGAAUCUCCCGCGUGGAACAAAUUCGACGAAAAAGAUUGUUUCGACCGACGAAUACUUUCAAUUAAUCUCUUCCCCGAUAACUUUUAUCUUUUUAUCACGUUUUAGGUAUUUCGUGCGUAUAAAGAAAAAAAAAGAGGAAUAAGAAGAAGAGGGAAAAGAAAAGGAAGGAAACGGUUUGACGCUUUGAUCGGGAUAUGUGCCGAUGCGUCUCGUAAUGGGACUGCUCGCCAUGCGACGUCGGUCCACCUGCUAUCCUUUGUCAUGCUAAUUGUGCAACCUGACUUCCCUUCCACGAGAAGCGAACGAGGAAACACCGUACGUCUCGACCGACGAAUCGAUAAAGCGGGGUGUGGCUUUGCAACGGUGGAGAAUUUCCAAAGUCUGACCACGCGGGGAUCUUGUUCCCGAUUCAAUCCAAGAACGGACGGAAUACGAGAUUGAUCAGGAUGAUAGCCUGCUGGGUAUUGACCGGUGUGUUCGGAGCUAUCGUGUUGCUCUACGGGGUGAUAGAGGUUCAUUAUUUCCUUCGCAUGUUCUUCAUCGUGUUCUUCGCGCGUUUCUGCAAGAAGAGAGUUCGCAUCCUCGACGAGACCACUGUAUACGGUAUCUGCACCACGACGGACGUGGAUCCAUUGCUCUCCCACAUGAACAACGCGAGAUACCUUCGCGAGCUCGAUUUCGCCAGGGCGGAUUUUUACGAAAGGACGAACCUGUAUCGCGAGAUAUGCUCGCAAGGGUCGGGCGUCGUGCAAGGAGCGGCAACGAUACGUUAUCGUCGUUUCCUGAAACCUUUCACCAUCUUCAAAAUAACUUCUAAGAUUAUAUAUUGGGAUGAAAAAUCCAUAUUCAUGGAGCAUCGAUUCAUUACGACCAGCGAUGAAUUCGUCAGGGCUAUCGCUAUAUGCAGGCAAAAACUUUUGGAUUGUAACGCCGAGACUAUCAUCAGUACUCUAAUGGAACGGGGCGUGAAGCAAAACGUAGAGGCGGGUGCACCACAGAUACACAACGUGAGACCUCAAAUGCCACCAGAAGUCGCCAGGUGGUUGGAGAGUAACGAAAUCUCUUCGGCGCUUCUUCGCCAAAGUGCUGCAGCGACCACGCAUUGCUGACAAAAGGAGGACGCGGCGUCCACCACAAAUGGCGCCGUCUCCACUUCCGUGUACGCGACUACGGCCGUCUAAGGUCGAAGAUUCGAUCGAUGCUGGCUUUCGUUGAUCGUGAAGGCGUUAAUGAAAUCUUCCCUCGCUCGAACGGCAUGCGAGAUAGCUUCGAAUCAAUUUUUUAGGUGAACAAAUUACGGGUGAUCGUUAAGUUUGAAGCUUUUAUCGAUUGCAAGUCCGAUGGUUUCAAAGGUCAAUGGUUAAGAGGGCAGCUUAAUAUUGCCAUUUGUCCGCCUGAAAAUUUGGUUUAACGUUAUUUAUAGCGUGGUUCCGAUGUGUAUAAAUAUGUAUACAUACGUACAUAUGUGUAUGUAGCCGAUGUCGAAAAAGGAAGGAAAUUGUUUUGAAAGAAAUUGAUAAAGAACAAAAAAUUUAAGAGUACAAAGGCUAGACAGAGAUGUGAAAUUAUUUUAAUAUAGGCAAUAGUAUAUGCGCGACUAUCGGACUAUAAGGUGUGAUCCUCCCUCACACGAGAAGGGAGAAUUUAUUUACAGAAUUUAUUUGAUAGAUUUCGUGAUUUUCAAGAUGCUUUACGAGAAAUCUGUCCAGCAACCGUGGAACGGACUGCUAGACGGGCGUCGAGCAAGGUUACAGAUACAAAACCAAUGUGUAAUCCAAAGGAGCUUCCAAAAUUAAAAAAGAGCACCAUUUGUUAAAUAUUCUCCGUUGAAAGUAAUCGCAAGACGCGAGGCGUUAUUUACAUUUUUUAUUAUAUAUAUAUAUAUAUAUAUUAUAAAUAUAGUAUAUAUAUUGUACAUAUAGCGAUUGGCGCCGGUAAUGAUUUCCGCGAGAGACAGAGAGAAGGGGGGGGGGGAGGGGGUGAGAGAGAGAGAGAAAGAGAGAAUAAAUUAAUAGAAUUCUCCUGAGGAGCUGUUUCGUCGAUGAUAAAUAAAUAAUAACAAUUUACAUAUUUACGAGCGCGUUAAGAGGCGAGUGUUUAUACUUCUAUAACGUGUUACAGGUGCCUUUACAAUUCGUGGUGAAUAUUCGCUUUUUUACGAUUAUUGAAUAAUUGGACCGUGACAUCGAUUUGCCACGCGUCGUUGUUAUUUUAAAUUCCAUUUAUUAUCAUUACUGCAUUUAUUAUUAUUAUUAUUAUUUAUGAUAGGACGUCCGGCAAUCGGGAGUUAAAAAAAGAAGAAAGAAAGAAAUUGUAUGUGGCUCUCGCGUGAUUAAUUUUUUUUUAAAUCGUGUACAAUCCUUGUUACCGACGCCAUUUGCGACGAACAAAUUCAUUAAGGUGUAUUUCAACUUAAAUUUCGAAGUAAAUCGGUAUUCGUAGUUUCGUCAUUGAAAAGUAGCCGACGACGUAGCGAGUCUCGAACAGCUAAAUAGAAUUGUCCACGUGAAUAUACGCGGACACGUUAUUAUACUUCUAGAUGAUAAUAGUGCCAUUUUUUUGUCAGAUAAUAUGUUGCGUUGAUCAUGUUGUGUUGAAGAUACCAUUAUGCAGGAGUAAGAAUAAAUAUUCCUUAGAUGGCUAA